CCAAGCUCCUGGUGUACAGCAGAGAUGGCGACUGCAAUCCGGCUGCUGGGGCGGCGAGUUUCCAGUUGGAGACUGCGGCCAUCACCGUCGCCCCUCGCUGUCCUGCAGCGGGCCCACUCCAUGUUACCUGUGGACGAUGACAUCAACGGGCUAAAUGAGGAGCAGAAGCAGCUUCGUCAUACUAUAUCUAAGUUCCUUCAAGAGAACCUGGCCCCCAAGGCUCAAGAGAUUGAUCAAAGCAAUGACUUCAAGGACCUGAGAGAGUUCUGGAAACAGCUGGGGAGCCUGGGAGUACUGGGCAUCACGGCCCCUGUUCAGUAUGGCGGUUCCGGCCUGGGCUACCUAGAACACGUGCUGGUGAUGGAAGAGAUGUCCCGGGUUUCAGGAGCGGUGGGGCUCAGCUACGGUGCUCACUCCAACCUCUGCGUCAACCAGAUUGUUCGCAAUGGGAACGAGGCACAGAAAGAGAAAUACCUUCCCAAGCUCAUCAGUGGUGAGUUCAUCGGAGCCCUGGCCAUGAGUGAGCCCAAUGCUGGCUCUGAUGUUGUCUCCAUGAAGCUAAAAGCAGAAAAGAAAGGAGAUCACUACGUUCUGAAUGGCAACAAGUUCUGGAUCACCAAUGGCCCUGAUGCUGAUGUCCUGGUUGUCUAUGCCAAGACAGAUCUCACUGUGGUGCCAGCUUCUCGGGGCAUCACAGCCUUCAUUGUGGAGAAGGGUAUGCCUGGUUUUAGUACCUCCAAGAAGCUGGACAAGCUGGGUAUGAGGGGCUCCAACACCUGUGAGCUAGUCUUUGAAGACUGCAAGGUUCCUGCUGCUAACAUCCUGAGCCAAGAGAGUAAGGGUGUCUACGUAUUGAUGAGCGGGCUGGACCUAGAACGCCUGGUGCUGGCAGGUGGGCCCCUUGGGAUCAUGCAGGCUGUCCUGGACCACACCAUUCCCUACUUGCAUGUGAGGGAAGCCUUUGGCCAGAAGAUCGGCCAAUUCCAGCUGAUGCAGGGAAAGAUGGCUGACAUGUACACCCGCCUCAUGGCUUGUCGACAGUAUGUCUACAAUGUUGCCAAGGCCUGUGAUGAGGGCCACAUCACUGCCAAGGACUGUGCCGGUGUGAUUCUGUAUGCAGCCGAGUGUGCCACACAGGUAGCCCUGGACGGUAUUCAGUGUUUAGGUGGAAAUGGCUACAUCAAUGACUUCCCCAUGGGCCGCUUUCUUCGAGAUGCCAAACUGUACGAGAUCGGAGCUGGGACCAGUGAGGUGAGGCGGUUGGUCAUCGGCAGAGCUUUCAAUGCAGACUUCCGCUAGCCCCGCAGCCCAGCACCCCUGGUCCCAGCACCGAGAGGCCUUUCUUUGGAAGCAGAGACAUGGCAGCCCUCUGACCUGUCUAAGGAAGCUCUCCUGCUCAGCUGCCCUUCUCAUGCCGGCCCUCUGCCCUGUGUGAAGUUGGAUUCUCCAGCUGUACCAGCCAGUCCAUCAGGAAAGCCUAAACUGACUGCUAAAGGGACUUUGGCUUUUCUGGGGUUUGUAGGGAGGGUGACAGUGUCUGUGCCAUUACUCUCUACUUCUGAAUGUUCUAACCUCACCUUCUGGGGUAGCAUAUGACAGGUACCCAACUCCUUUUCUUGGGUAAGCCUCUGACAGGGAGCCCUUUCGGUUCAAGCAUAAUAGAGGCAUUGCCUCUUUGAAUUGUCAGAUAUUUGUGGUCUCUUUUCUUGAGGAAAAGGCAAAAAUUGUGUCCUUCUUAGCAGUUUCCCCAGGAGCUAGACAGCUCCACAAUACCUAUGUGGCAGACCCAUGAAGGGCAUAGUCCACAGUCUAGCCAAGACAACAUAGAAGAUUGGCUCCCUGGCGUACCUGAGUCUGUCUGCAUCACUCUGUCACAGGCUAGCACUGGGCCUGCUCAUGUGACCUUCUGCAGCUGCCUGGGCAGCAGGCACAGACCCUGUGGCCCAGCCUGGGUUGCCUGGCCCAUCUCCAGCCUUGCUGCCUCUGUAUAUUUCUCUAGACACCCUGCGGCUAAUUUUGUUACAACUGCACAACGUCUGCUACCAUUUUGUAUUAAACAUACUGCAAAGUAAACCCUU